AUGAGUAAUCCAACUUUUCCGUUUUCUUCUCAUUCUGUCUUAUCAAAUACGGAAAAAAAACAGGCUCAAUCAAAUGACAAAAGAUCCAUUUCCCCUCCUCCUCCACCCCCAGGCAACAAAAGGCAAAGAUCAUUGCAAACAAGGCCUCCCCCGCCACCUCCUCCAUUGGGCCCAAAGAUUUCAAGUAAUAGGCCGUUUUCAGGAAGUGAGUCCAUGCGGUCCAUGCGUCCUCCACCUCCUCCUCCUCCUUCUCGACCAUCCAUUGCUAACUCUUCUACUGUUCCAGUGAAAGACUCCGGUUCAAAGAACAGAGUUUUAGAUGGGAGAAAACGGAGGUGGCUGCAACUGCAAAAGUUAAGAUAUGCAAAUACUACUGGGAUCACUAAAAAGGCCUUUGUUCAUCCUACCAAAAUUGAAAUGCCUCCAGAACAUUUAAGGAAAAUUAUAAAUGACCAUGGCGACCUCUCCUCUAAGAGAUUUGAUAAGGAUAAGAGGGCUUAUCUGGGGUCGUUAAAAUAUUUGCCACAUGCGAUUCUUAAGCUGCUAGAAAACAUGCCUCAACCCUGGGAAGAAACGAAACAAGUCAAAGUUCUGUACCAUACAACAGGUGCUAUCACAUUCGUUAACGAAAUUCCAAGAGUCGUAGAGCCUAUCUACACUUCACAAUGGGCCACUACUUGGCUAAUGAUGAGACGAGAGAAAAGAGAUCGUAAACAUUUUAAACGAAUGAGAUUUCCUCCCUUUGAUGAUGAUGAACCUCCCGUAGACUGGGGAGAAAACAUUCAGGGUGUCGCUCCACUGGACAGCAUUCAAAUAGAUCUUGAUGAAGUCGACGACAAAGCCGUCAUUGAGUGGUUUUAUGACAGCUCUAGACCUCUUGCAGAUGAUCCAGCAAUAAUGAAUGGUGACUCCUAUAGAACUUGGAGGUUAAACCUUUCUCAGAUGCACAAUCUUUACAGACUGUCAACGUCAUUACUUUCAGAAAUAAUAAAUCCGAACUACUAUUAUCUUUUUGAUAGAGAAUCCUUUUUCACGGCAAAGGCUUUAAACAUAGCCAUUCCUGGAGGGCCUAAGUUUGAACCCUUGUACAAAGACUUGGUUAACUUAGAGGAUGAAGAUUUCAGCGAGUUCAACUCUGUUGAUAGAAUAAUUUUUCGGCAACCUAUAAGAACCGAGUACAGAGUAGCUUUUCCUUUCUUGUUCAAUUCAUACACACGGUCAGUUCAUGUUUCUGCACACUCUUAUCCCAUGUUCUGCUAUACUAGAGUUGAUGACCCAAAUCUUCCCGCUUUCCACUUUGCAGAGCUAUUUUCACCCAUCUCUCCAAACUUGUUGGAGAGCGUUGAAGUUGAAAAGCAAGUAUUCGAUCUGGAAACUGGUGAAGACUUAGCCCCAGAUUUUGUGUUACCCCAGGACUUUUCAUUUUUACUCAAUGAUGAAAAUAUCGAACAGGAAGAAACCAAAGAUGCAAUUCAGCUUUGGUGGGCUCCGUAUCCAUAUAAUCGUCGCAGCGGCAAGACAGUUAGGGCGCAAGAUGUUCCGCUUGUUAAGAGCUGGUAUCUGCAACACCCACCAGCUGAUUACCCAGCAAAGGUACGUAUUUCUUACCAGAAGUUAUUGAAAAACAACGUCAAGAACGAAUUACAUUCAGCCACCCAAUCCAAUAAGACAAGAAACAUAGCUUUACUCAAAUCGCUUAAAAGCACCAAGUACUUUCAACAGACAUCCAUUGAUUGGGUGGAAGCGGGUCUCCAGGUUGUUCGCCAAGGCUUCAACAUUUUAAAUCUUCUAAUCCAUAGAAAAGGGCUAACGUAUCUUCAUCUUGAUUACAACUUCAACUUGAAACCGACUAAAACUUUGAGUACCAAGGAGAGGAAGAGGUCAAGGUUUGGACAUGCGUUUCAUUUGAUGAGAGAGAUACUAAGAGUUACUAAACUAAUAGUAGAUGCUCAUGUACAGUACAGGAUUGGUAAUGUUGACGCUUUUCAGUUGGCGGAUGGAAUAUACUAUAUUUUAAACCAUCUUGGUCAGUUGACUGGAAUAUACCGUUAUAAAUACAAGGUUAUGCAUCAGAUAAGGGCAUGCAAAGAUUUGAAACAUGUCGUUUAUUAUCGAUUCAAUAAAAUCAUUGGAAAAGGACCAGGAUGUGGCUUCUGGCAACCUGCAUGGCGUGUUUGGCUAUUCUUCAUGAGAGGGAUCAUCCCUCUUCUAGAACGAUGGCUGGGAAAUUUAUUGGCUCGUCAGUUCGAAGGAAGACAAUCUAAAGGUGUUGCCAAAACGAUUACCAAGCAAAGAGUAGAUUCAUACUACGAUUUAGAGCUCAGAGCAUCUGUCAUGCAUGAUAUCCUCGAUAUGAUUCCUGAAGGAAUCCGCCAACAGAAGUCCAAAACAAUACUGCAACAUCUAAGUGAGGCGUGGAGGUGUUGGAAGGCUAAUAUCCCGUGGAAAGUUCCUGGUUUACCUGAGCCAAUCGAAAGAAUUAUUCAGCGCUAUGUGAAAGCAAAGGCGGAUGGUUGGAUAUCAGUAGCUCAUUUUAAUAGGGAUCGUAUUCGACGUGGGGCAACUGUGGACAAAGCUGUAGCCAAAAAGAAUCUUGGUAGGCUGACUAGACUUUGGAUGAAAAAUGAACAGGAACGCCAGCAGAAGUUUCAAAAGAGUGGCCCCUUUGUUUCCCCAGAUGAAGCAGUGUCCAUGUUCAACGUCAUGGUUCAGUGGUUGGAGUCUAGAAAGUUUGUUCCAAUACCUUUUCCCCCGAUUAACUAUAAGCAUGAUACCAAAUUGUUAGUUUUGGCAUUGGAGAACUUAAAGGAGUCUUACUCAGCUCAAGGUAGACUCAACUCUACACAAAGAGAAGAGUUAGCUCUGAUUGAACAAGCUUAUGAUAACCCUCAUGAAUGUUUAGCUCGAGUGAAGAAGUUUUUGCUGACACAACGAGUGUUCAAAGAAGUUAAGCUAGAUAUGAUGGACCACUAUACUCAUCUUGUCCCAGUUUAUGAAGUUGACCCACUGGAAAAGAUUACUGAUGCUUAUUUAGAUCAGUAUAUGUGGUUUGAAGCUGAUAGGAGAAGAUUAUUUCCUAACUGGAUUAAGCCAGCAGAUUCUGAGGUUCCUCCGCUUCUUGUAUACAAGUGGUGUCAGGGAAUAAACAAUAUCGAUGAGGUGUGGCUCACUAAAGAAGGCGAAUGUAAUGUGAUGUUGGAGACAUCCUUGAAUAAACUCACAGAGAAAAUGGAUUUUACGUUUGUGAACAGGUUACUUAGGCUAAUUGUUGAUUCGAAUAUUGCUGACUAUAUGACGUCAAAAAAUAACGUUAACAUCACAUUUAAGGACAUGAAUCACGUUAAUCAGCAAGGUUUAGUUAGAGGUCUACAAUUUUCCAGCUUCAUUUUGCAGUACUAUGGUCUAUUGGUUGAUCUCCUCAUUUUGGGUGGACAGAGAGCUGCCGAACUGGCGGGCCCUUCUGAUCAUCCAAAUGAAUUUCUUCAAUUUGAAAGCAGAGAAAUUCAGAAUAGCUCUCCUCUUAAACUGUAUUCUCGUAAUGUUGACAGGGUCCAUAUAUUUUUUCGCUUUUCAAGGGAUGAAACAAACGAGCUCAUACAUGAAUUUUUGUCUGAAAACCCUGAUCCUAACUUUGAGCAGGCAAUUGGUUAUCCAAAUAGACGUUGCUGGCCCAGAGAUUCCCGUAUGAGGUUGAUGAGGCACGAUGUUAGUUUGGGCAGAGCAGUUUUUUGGGAAAUCAGUAGCCGGUUGCCAUCUUGUUUGACUUCAAUAAGUUGGGAUGACUCUUUUGGCUCAGUUUACAGUGUGGACAAUCCUAAUCUAUUGUUCUCAAUGUCUGGAUUUGAAGUUAGAAUUUUACCAAAAUGCAGAGCAAACAUUGAAACUUAUACCCAGGAAGGCGUAUGGGAUCUCAUUGAUAAUGAGACAAAGGAGAGAACUGCCAGGGCCUAUCUACAAGUGACCGAGGAAGCAGUUUCAAACUUCAAUAGUCGUAUCCGCCAAAUAUUGAUGUCGUCUGGAUCAACCACAUUUACGAAGAUAGCAUCAAAAUGGAACACGGCUUUGAUCUCUUUAUUUGCCUACUAUAGAGAGGCAACUGUCGCCACUGACUCACUGCUCGAUGUACUUGUUAAAUGCGAAACCAAGAUUCAAACUAGAAUCAAACUAGGUCUCAAUUCGAAGAUGCCAUCUAGGUUUCCACCUGCUGUGUUUUACACUCCUAAGGAAUUAGGCGGUCUCGGAAUGUUGAGUGCAUCUCAUAUUCUGAUUCCUGCUUCUGAUCUCAAAUGGUCAAAGCAAACAGAUGUUGGCAUAACUCAUUUCCGUUCUGGAAUGGGUAGCAGUGAUGAGAGAUUGAUACCAACCGUUUUUCGAUAUAUAACCACUUGGGAGAAUGAGUUUUUGGACUCACAAAGGGUCUGGGCAGAGUACACCAUUAAGAGACAAGAAGCUAUACAACAAAACCGUCGGUUGGCUUUUGAAGAUAUGGAAGAUAGCUGGGAUAGAGGUCUGCCACGAAUAAGCACGCUAUUCCAAAGAGACAGGCAUACUUUGGCCUAUGAUAAAGGGCAUAGAAUUAGAAGAGAAUUCAAAAAGUACAGCUUAACUAGAUUCAAUCCUUUUUGGUGGACCAGCAACCAUCACGACGGUAAACUAUGGAACCUGAAUGCUUACCGAACAGACGUUAUACAAGCUCUGGGUGGUAUUGAAACUAUUUUAGAGCACACGUUGUUCAAAGGAACAGGGUUUGAUUCUUGGGAGGGACUUUUUUGGGAGAAAGCUUCGGGGUUUGAAGAUUCCUUGAAGUUCAAAAAAUUAACUAAUGCGCAAAGGUCAGGAUUAAGUCAGAUACCAAACCGUCGCUUCACUCUAUGGUGGUCUCCAACUAUCAACCGAGCAAAUGUUUAUGUUGGGUUCCUAGUUCAGCUAGAUCUUACUGGAAUUUUCUUGCAUGGUAAAAUUCCCACCCUUAAAAUAUCCCUUAUCCAAAUUUUCCGGGCACAUUUAUGGCAGAAGAUUCAUGAAAGUUUAGUAGUAGAUGUUUCUCAGGCUUUGGAUAAUGAGUCGGAUAUACUCCAGAUUGACACUGUUACUAAAGAACAAAUACAUCCUCGUAAGUCUUACAAGAUGAACUCCUCAUGCGCUGACAUUACGUUGGCAAGUACUUAUCCAUGGAAAAUGUCCAAGCCAUCUCUUCUUCAUGAUCAGAGAGAUAACUUUGAUGCAUCCUCGUCCAGUAAAUACUGGAUAGAUGUCCAAUUACGCUACGGUGACUAUGAUUCCCACGAUAUUUCUCGGUAUACCAGGGCCAAGUUUUUAGAUUACACAUCUGAUAAUACCAGCUCAUACCCAGCUCCGACUGGAUUGAUGGUUGGUAUUGAUCUUGCCUACAACAUGUAUGAUAUGUACGGCACUUGGUUUCCUGGAAUGAAACCACUUAUGCAAAAUGCCAUGAAGAGUAUCAUGAAGUCAAACCCGGCGCUGUAUGUUUUACGUGAACGUAUUAGAAAAGGUUUACAACUAUAUCAGUCACAAGCGCAAGAAUCCUUAUUGAAUUCAAACAACUAUGCAGAGCUCUUCGAUAAUGAAGCUCAGCUGUUUGUGGAUGAUUCAAAUGUUUAUCGAGUGAAUGUACAUCAAACUUUUGAAGGAAAUGUGACUACCAAGCCCAUUAAUGGAGCGUUAUUUAUUUUAAAUCCCAAGACCGGCCAACUUUUUUUGAAGAUUAUUCAUACAUCGGUUUGGGCUGGUCAGAAACGACUUAAUCAACUAGCUAAGUGGAAAUCUGCUGAGGAAGUUGCCGCUUUGAUAAGAUCAUUGCCCACCGAAGAACAACCAAAACAGCUCAUAAUCACGCGUAAGAAUAUGUCCGAUCCACUUGAAGUUCACAUGCUAGACUAUCCAAAUAUUUCAAUUCGUCAAACUGAGCUCAAGCUUCCGUUUGAUGCAUCCAUGCACGUCGAUAAAAUCUCUGAUGUUGUCCUGAAAGCAAGGGAACCACAAAUGGUAUUGUUCAAUAUCUAUGACGACUGGUUGAAGAGCAUAUCAUCAUUCACCGCCUUUUCUCGUUUAGUGCUUUUGCUAAGGGCUUUGGGGAUUGACAAAGUCAAAACAAAACGUAUACUGCAACCAGACAGCAAAGUGAUGGUCAAGGAUCACCAUCUUUGGCCAACUCUUACCGAUACACAGUGGAUGGAGGUUGAGACACAAUUAAGGGAUUUGAUCCUCAACGACUAUAGCAAAAAGUACAAUAUCAACGUAUCAUCUCUUACACAGGUUGAGAUACGGGACCUUAUUCUUGGUCAAGAUGUAAAAGCUCCAUCACUGAAGAGGCAGCAAAUCGCUGAAAUUGAGCAGAAUGAAUUGAAAAAUGUCAGUUCGAGUCAACAAUUCACUGCGAUGAAAACUACUACAAGAAAUGUACACGGAGAAGAAAUAGUUACCGUUACAACUACUAACUAUGAGCAGCAACAGUUUUCUUCAAGUUCAGAGUGGCGAAGUAGGGCAAUAUCUGCGGCUAACAUCUAUCUUAGAACAAGAAACAUUUAUGUUCUGACAGACGAAGUCUCUGAAUCCAAGAUCACUUUUGUAUUGCCUAAUAAUCUACUUAAGAAGUUUGCUCUUAUUUCUGAUCUACGUACCAAAACUGCAGGAUUCAUGUUUGGCAAGUCACCAGCCGAUAAUUCCCAGGUUAAAGAGAUCCAUUGCCUUGUUUUGGUACCUCAACUGGGAUCUAACAUAUCCGUUUCAAUGGCGAAAUUGCCUGCAACCUGUGAGUAUUUGGAAGGCCUAGAACCCUUAGGGUGGAUACACACACAGUCCACUGACUCGGAUUAUUUGUCUGCUGCUGAUGUUACUGAGCAUGCACGUUUCAGCUCAGAGUAUUCUGGUUGGAACUUGGAUUCAACAGUCACUUUAGUCGCAGCUUUCACUCCCGGAUCAAUAUCAUUAUCGGCUUACUCUUUAACUUCAGAGGGUCUCGAUUGGGGAUUAAAAAAUCAAGACACGGUUUCAAUAAAUCCUCAAGGAUACAUGCCGCAAUUUGGAGAGAAAUCCUCAGUUUUGCUUACGGAUCGUAUUAAGGGCUUCUUUCUAGUGCCAAGUACCAAUCUUUGGAACUUCGCCUUUAAUGGGAAUGCUUGGACUAGCAGUAUGGAAUAUACUUUGAAACUAGAUACCCCAUUACCCUUUUAUCAUGAGCUGCAUCGUCCGAUUCACUUUAUUGAAUUUACCAAUAUUGAAGAGGACUACUUGGACAUAAAGACAGACGAUGUUUUUAGUUAG